AAAGCUAAAUGUUAACAGUAAAUUCUGAUUACUGAUAAAUUUCGAUUUUAUUUUAGUACAAUCUCGAAUGCCGAUAAAUAGACUCAAUAGCGACGCCUACAUUUCCAUUUACUUCUUCUAACUACUAUAAUAGUGCUACUAACACUAGUAGGCAUAGUAUUAACAAUAACAGUAGUUAGUGAAAAUAUUUAGAGGCUUUAAACUAAACUCAGAGCUGAGGCUGUUAUAUUAUUAAAAUUAUGGUAAUGCUUAUUCAUCUUUUAAUUAUCAAACCAUUUAAUUUUAAAUGUAAGCUAACCCCUACUUAGACUUAGUCUUAGUUAGUUACUUAGUAACUUCGACUUAGUUAACUUUGAGAUUAGAACUACUUUCGUUUUAAAAACCUUAAACUUUAAAAAAAUUAAAGGGAUAGAUAAUAUAUAUAUAAUAUAAUUACUUUUUAUUUAGAACAAAAUAAUAUAUAUUGAAUUGACUUUAUUGAGUGCUCUGCUGUGAAUCAAGAGUCAAGUCAAAAUAAAAGGGAUGAAACUUGUGGCUGUGGAAGACCAAUAAUACAAACCAAAUACAGAAAGAUACCGAAAAUCAUCUAGUGACUCAAAUGAAGAAUUGAGAUCCCUUAAUCAUUAGUUAAUGCUGAAACUAUGCUGGCACAUUGAUGAUGAAGAUCCCAUCAUCAUUAAUGCCACCAAGUUGACCUCCCAAGACGAAACUGAUGAAGAGCCCAGAGUAGAGACAACAAAAUUGUGGAAUACCUCAAAGAGACAUUUGGCCUUUGUGCAAGAAAGAUCUGAGGUUGUUAGCCUGACACUGCAGCCUACUCCCACAGAAGUAGCUGAUAGACCUGAUAGAAAAAAGUUUGUUUCCUUGGUAAAUGCAUGUAGCACCAUUAAGGCAUUAGGACUGAAAGAUAAAUCUUUGAAAUCUAAAACCUAAAAGUAAAAAUAGCCAUCUCAUCAAAGGAUAUUAAGUAAGGUAACGGUAUGAGAAACCUAUUGAAAUUACUUUAUUUUAUUUUUCCACAGCUAAGUCGUCUAGAGUGUGUGUUUCAAGGCUCACAUUAAAAAGAAAUCGCACCAUCUAUAAGAUGGAAGAGAAGAGCCCCCAUCUUACUUUUGGUAUUAUAGCAGAUGUUCAAUAUGCAGAUUGUGAAAAUGGUACAGACUUCAGCAAGACACGGAAGCGCUUUUACAGAAAUUCUCUGAAUCUUUUAAAAGGAGCUACUGACUAUUGGAUAUCUUUAGAGGAUCCAAUUUCUAUGGUUCUUCAGUUAGGUGAUCUUAUUGAUAGAAACAGUUGUUUUGGGGGUAAAGAAAGCAGUACAGAAGCUCUCAAUGUUGUAUUGCAGCCUUUAAAUUCGCUCACUGUCCCAAUAUGUCAUGUUUUAGGUAACCAUGACUUGUAUUGCUUUACACACUCUUUCUACCAGAAUUCAUCACUCCACAGUUCCCGUUCACUUAUACCUCACAGGGCUGAAACAUUUUCAGACAAUAUGUAUUAUACAUUUCUUCCCCAUCCAAAAUUGAGAAUUGUUGCCAUUGAUACUUAUGAAUUAGGGUUAUUAGGAUAUGAAGAUGAUUUAGAAAAUGAACAUUUUCAAACUGCUCAAAGCUUGAUCAAGCAGCAUAAUCCAAAUGAUGAUAUCACUUUGCUGGAAGGCUUCAACAAAAGAUGGGCAUCUUACAAUGGUGGUGCUAGUCAAAAACAGUUGCUUUGGUUAUCAAAUGUCUUAGAGAAUGCCCAAAACAAUGAGGAAAAUGUCAUAAUAAUAAGUAAGUUACAUUUGUUUUCGCAACAUUCAUACUGACAUUCAUCAUGUCAUUGAUGAGCUAUCCCUUUAAAAAUGUUCAAAUUUAAACUACUCCAGUUGUUUUUUUAAAUCUUUGAAAGACAUUCACAAAAUUCUAACAUAUUCAAAUCCAUUUCACUUUUAAGCCACAACUCAUUAUGAUUGUCCAACCACAUGUGGUCUUGAUUCGAAAAAAAUGCUAUAUUUAUAAUUUAAUGACCUACUGAUACCUAUUCUUCACACUUAUUUUACUGUUAUACAAUACCUGUAUGCCGUUUGCAUUGUUCAUGGAUGACUUACCUGUGAUUAAACAAAACACAAGAUACUAAAAUGUUGCACCUUAAAAUAACUUACAUAGUAAAAUAAACAGCCAACUCUAAUCACUGCAUUGUAUACAAAUAAAAUUUAUUAAAUUUAAUUUAAAAUUUUACAGUCGGUUUUAACAAAACGAACAUCAAAAAAGUUUUAGAUGCUCAUGCCUUGCCUAUAUUUAUCCAUUUUUACCUGCCUCUCAAACCAGUCGCUUUUAUAAAUAAACUCUAAUAAUAAGUUUAAGAGUACCAGUAAUUAAAGUAGAGUCAUUCUAUUUAGUAAAAUCAAUAUUUUAACAUCUAUUGAUUUUUUCAUCAUCAAGUUAUUUUUUUUAAAUGCUUGUCAUUAACAAACGAAAAGGUGACAUAAUCUUCUCUUAGAUACUUAUGACUUUUCUAUGCUUUGCAGGUCAUGUUCCCUUAUUGUGUGAUGAUGGCAUAUGCUUGGCUUGGAACUAUGAGGAAAUCAUAGAUAUCAUCAAACAGUAUAAAUGUGUUAUUGGGGUGUUUGCAGGACAUGAUCAUGCUGGUUGGGCUCAUUUUGACAAAAGUGGCAUUCAGCACAUUACUUUUCAGGGGGUCAUUGAGACACCCCCAGGGGAACAUGCCCAUGCUGUGGCUCGCCUGUGGAACCAUACCUUAUCUAUUACAGGGGUGGGAAGAGUGCCCAGUUUUAAUAUAUCCCUGCACUUUCCUAUUUAUGAAUAAACUAAUUAAGAUACUUAGAAUUUUACUAGUUGAAUUAGUAUUAGUAAGACAAAAUAUCCUUACAUGUAGGUCUACUAUGGAUUCAUAUUUUUCGCAUGGCUGCUUCUUUGUAAAAGAUAAAAUAUAAGAACAAGGUAUGCUAAACUUGAAUUCAUAGACUCAGGACAAAAGAUAAAACUGUUGAAUUUAUUUCAAGUUUUUAAAAUUUAAAUAUGAUCUCAACACACAAAAAGCAGGUGUAUUUAUUUAGUUCAGGGAGAUGGCCAGUUCACAGCAAACCACACUAUUUUGGUCAAAUUCAAAUUAAGCAUUUGUAUUGUUUUACAGAUACUUUAUCAUAAGUUUUAAAAAUGUGCAUGUGUAACAGUUACUGUAUCAUGAGUUGAAAAAAUGUGUAUUUGUAAGUUACUGUAUCAUAAUUUUUUUUUAAAUAUGUGCCGUAUCUGUUACAGUUACUGAAUUAUUAGUUUUAAAAAUAUGUAUGGAACAGGAAACAGUUGAGAUUUGAUGCCUUCAGACUUAAGGGGCUGAAAGUGGAAAUUUUACCAGCAUUUUCAUUUUAUUUAUUAAUGUGUUGAUUUUGUUCAAUUAUGGUUAAUCAAAAGAACAAAGCAAAAUUCCGCUGAAUAAAUACCUUUGGCAACUUAUGAAUUAGGCCUACAACUACAAUUAAUACAUUUAAUCUCUAUUUUUGUUUUCUCUGGUCUGUUUUUUUAUAAAAUUGAUUUAGGCUACCUUACUUUUUUUUAAAACUCUUUGAAAUGAAUGGUAGUUUAUUUUUUGCUGCAACUAGUGUUAGAGUACAGUGUAUUUUCUCAAUCAUGCAAAGAAAUUAUUGGACCAAAGUGUUCUCAUUCUUAUGUAAUCUUUAUAAAUAAAUAUUAACACUGAUUAUUUAUUAGGUAAUUUAAAGUUAUCUGGUAAAUAUGUUAAGUGGAUAAGACAAGGAGAUUUGGAUUUUUGUAAAAAUAUGCUUUGUCAUUGCUAUAGUUAGUGAACUUCAUUUAAUAAUAAGCAGGGUGUAAUCACAUUUUCUAAAUUAUAUUUUAAUUUAAAAAAUUAAUGAAAAAUUACAAUUUGCCAUUCCAAUUCAAG